AUGGCUUUCCAGCAGCCCCUUCCCCAGAUACUAGUAACAGGAACCACAGGACCCCUCGGUAGCGCCGUCGCUCUCGCUGUAGCCCGUGCUGGGUUUCCCCUUCGCGGCACGUCACGUUCAAAAGAGCGCGCCGCGGCUUGGAUCGCCAAGUACCCGGAGGUAGCUAUUGAGUGGGUGACGAUCGAAGACCACGAGAAAGCAGGCACCUACGACGAGGCAGUUCGAGGAUGCAGUGCCGUUGUACACGUCGCAGGCCCUUUCACUCGAAUGCACACUAAGGGCGAUGAUAUAAUGAUUGCACAAACACGGGGUACGCAGAGCAUCCUGGACGCGUGCGCCAAGGAGACGAGCGUCAAGAGGCUCGUCUAUACCAGCUCGGUUGCAGCCGUGCAUGACGACCCUCAUCUUGGUACUGGACAGGGUAAGGUUGAGCUGACAGGUUGCAGCUACACGGAGGCGGACUGGAACCCAACGAGCUGGGAGAAGGGCUCCGCCUCCACCGGUGAGCACAUGCUAACAACGAGCUAUUGCGCCGGGAAAACAUUGGCUGAGAAACUCGUCUGGACAUUUAUGGAGGAGCAGAAGCCCGGAUUUGAUACCGUGGUGCUGUGCCCUGCCACAAUCUAUGGAAAAAUACCACAGGCAGUGACGAGGCUGAGCGAUUUGGAUGUUGCCAAUGCGAGACUCUACGCCCACCUUCUGCACGCCAAUGAGACGAUCCCUAGCGAUCCGCACCCGUCCUUCACCAACGUGGAUGACGCUGCCGACGCGUAUCUGAAGGCUCUCACGUGGCCUAAGCUAUCCAAUCAGAGGUAUCUGAUCUCGUCUGGUAGCUAUUCAUACGCUCGCGUCUUUGCCAUCUUGCGCAAAAACUUCCCCAAGCAGGCGCACCGAUUCCCGGAGAUUGAGAAUGAAGGACUGCCCGUGGAGCCGAGCCUUGUCACCGACGCCAGUAAGGCGGAGAGGGAGAUGGGCAUGCGGUGGACGUCGUUGGAGGAGACAAUGGUUCAGACUGGCGGAGCCUUGUUUGCGCUUGAAGAAACGGACAAGUCUUGA